AUGAUUACACGAGAGAGCGACAAGGCGUUACGGUACAUCAAUCAAUUGGACGAAGCGCGCUGCAAUGGUCGUUGGCAGGACGUUCCCGAGCUCGCGCGGAAAGUUGAAAAGCAUGCGCCGCAUAGGAAAUGCUUAGCGCUCAGCGCGAGAGCAGAGGUCCAGGUCUCUGGACAGAGCAGUCAGAGGCCCACUACCGCCAGCUCUACAUCGUCGUCCCUCCCAAGCCUGAUACCCCCUCUACUGUCCGCCAUUGAAGCCGAAACAGCGUAUGCGCAAGAUGCCUUCCAGGCCACGACGUGUUUGGGCUGGAUACACUGGGCUUUGGACGAGCCCAGCCUCGCAAUAGUACGAUUACCAAGGGAUAUAAGCGCGGCUGUGCAAGGUCUAUCCGACAGCGGCGCCGCGCUACAAGAUUGGACAAAGGUGUGCAUCGUCAAGGCGGCAUAUCUGAAAGGUACGGAUCCGGAACGCAACGAAUCCUCCGCUGAGGCCUUUCACACUUACAGCUCAAUAUUGCCCUACCUAUCCUACCUGCCUUCCCUGACAUCGGUCGCGCCUCAAUUUCGCCUGUGGACCGAGCGUUUACUGAUACGCUUGUGCCUUCUGUGGGGCGGUCCGGGUGCUUCGCGAGACCCUACCAGUAUGGACGAUGGGUUGAGAAUAUUCAGGGUGUGGGAUAGGCUCUGGGAAGGCCGCGCCACAGCUGCCGACACGGAGCAAGGCUCACGAACAGCGAGGCGUUUAGUUUGGAGGGCAUACUACGAUUUGUUGUCCUCCGUUGUCCAGCGCGACCCUUCCACAACAUAUUCGGUCGAGGCUUCGGAGAAACGAGCUCUGGCUACGUUAGAACCUUCGCAAUACGGAAAUACACCAGCUUCACGACUCCAAUUGCGUGCGGAGCUGAAUCGCGUUGAAGUCACGUAUGAAAGCUUGUUGCUGCAAGAGACCCACUUCCCCAAGGCCAGUGAGAGGAACGAAGAGAUCGAAUCCUGGGUUGAGGCGGUCAUAAGCAAUUGGCGAGUCUUAUGCGGUCCUGGUUGGCGAGACGAGGAACUAGGCGAAGGCGGUAAAGAGGCUGUGGCACGUGGCGUACUUGAUAUCCUCUAUCGUGCCGCCACCAAGACAUUCCACUCUACGCAGAUCCUACGCUAUCUGUUCACGGUUCAUGCGUCGCUAGCAGAGUUCGAUCUCGCCUUCAAGGCGUACAACUCUUACGUAGAGAUUGUCACUCGGACUAAAGACCGUGCCGAGAAGAGCGGCGAGGAAGACACCGCUUUGGAUGACGAUGACACCAUUCUACGAACAGCAGCAGAAGCAAUCAGACUGUUAUGCCGGUUCGGCAACCGCAAAGAAGCAGGAAAGGCGAUAGAUAUAAGUAAGAACAUUCAGAAAUGGCUACGACAGCAAAGUCCGGCCUCGGCUCAAAAACGAGAUGAUUACGUGAAAGACAUACAGGCAGCCACCGAGACUGCUCUGUCACCUGAGGCCAUGGCUGUUGCAUAUCGUGCUAUUGGCAUCAGUCAGGCGCAUUGGGCGCGUCUUACAUACGAUAUCGCAUCUAGACCGACUCUCCAGGCUCAAGCGGCGCAAUCGUUUCGCAAGGCUCUCGAGCCUUCUGGCGCAGAGGCGCAACAGCUCGAGACCCUCUAUUGCUUGGGCCUCCUCCUUGCCGAGACUAGGGAUACUGCCGGAGCAAUCAGAGUUGUUAAGCAAGCGCUUACUUCAUCUCCACAUGCUGGCCGGCCCUCAUCCACCUAUUCUAGAGAGAGACGGCUUAUCUCCCUUUGGCAUCUUCUUGCGUUGCUCCUCAGCGCCAGAAGCGAGUUUGAUACCGCAUCGGAAGCAUGCGAAGCUGCGCUAGAUCAGUUUGGAGAGCCUACCCACCUCUUUGGUAAUCUGGACGAGCCGCACCAAUUCCAUAACGGUUACUCGAACCACAUACCCUCCCAUUCCGUUGAGGAGAAGGUGCAACAAUUCCAGUACGGGGGUUUGGUCGAUCAGAUGGAACCGUUCGAGAGAGAAGGCAUCAUACAAUUGAAACUGACGCAGCUAGCGCUUGUCGAAGCCCUAGAAGGUUCCAACGCUGCUGUUGACGGCAGCGAUGAACUGCUUGCACUGUACGCACGGCUUUUCGGGGCAGCCAGACAACAAACGCAUCCUUCAUCACUUCCACCACCGAGAGGCGCGACGAGUUCCGUGAGGAGUAGCAUAUUUGGGCGACAUUCGACGAAGAGCGCCCAAAGAAACGAAUCGAAUACCACAUCGUUACCUCGGACCUCAACAACAUCAGGGCCACCGGAAAACCCUCCAGCACCUGCAAUCCAAAUCACCGAUGAGCACGGGGGAACCAACGGCCAUCAUCACCAUUCAGUUUUCCGACACAAGGGUCAUCAUGACCAAGACAUACAGCGGGGCACUGGCAGCCUGAAGCUGAAGAAGAAAAGUACAGGCAGUCUCCGCGAGCGGGAUGAUGAAGCUUCUGCCGAACCUCCUCCCGACCUUAGCGCUCAACAGGGUGUCCAGGGCCGCUCAGCAGCGCAGGAUGGGGAAGUUGCAGAUGAGUUCGUUAGGUCAUCGGCAGCAGAUCCCAUAGGCGGCCUGCAAAGACCGACUGUCGAGAGCCCUGAACGCCCGCUGCGGCCCAUUGCCCAUAAUGUGCCUCGCCAUGCGCAGCCACUGCCAGUUCGCCACGCACGCCAACCUCCAAGGCAAGACACGCGAUUGCCUACCCCCUUGCCUCUCGCAGGAUACUCGUCUCCCGACCCCCGCUUUCCCUCUGCCCAAGAACGACGCCACAAGAUUUCGCUCUUGAUCAAGGUCUGGCUAUUCAUCGCCGGGUUGUACACGAGAGCAGCAAUGUUCGACGACGCAAGUGGUGCGGUCGAUGAGGCCUUCAAGUUGGCGGACGGCUUUGAGUUGGAACUGGCACAUGAAUCAUCAAGCAGCAGAGCGUUCGCCGACAAGGGAUGGGGCGGCGGCCAAAGUGUAGAGCAGCUUUGGGCAGACGUGUGGACGCAACGCGGAGAACUCGCUCUGGCUCAAACAUCGCCCCACCACGCCCUUGACUGCUUCGAGAAAGCGCUCGCACAUUAUCCCCAUCACCCAGCCGCAACAGUAGGACUGUCGAACAUCCUGCUGGACGUCUACUGUCAGAAAGUCCCUGCCGAACCGUCAGAAACUGCUGUCGCUGCUAUCCCGAGCGCGUCCGCCUCGCCAUCAUUGACGCCAACAACUUUCGUUCCGAUACCACCUUCGCCCCCGCCAGAGCAACAGCCGAGUGCUUCGUCAUCUAACUCGAGCAGCCCAGAAGAGCUUAAUCGACUGGCUGCUCGUGAUCGGGCUUAUGGCCUGUUGUCUUCUCUAACCAAGCUUGGGUCCGGGUGGGAUUACACAGAGGCGUGGUUCGCACUCGCCAGGGCUUACGAGGAAGGCGGGCAGAUUGAGAAGGCUAAGGAGAUCUUGUGGUGGUGUGUCGAACUCGAAGACACGAGACCGAUACGGAGCUGGCACAGCGUUGGUAUGGGAGGAUACGUACUGUAG